UUUAAAAUAGCUAGAAAAUUGUGAAAAAUAACAAAAAUAUCUUUAAUUUCAGUUAAAAAAAUAAAAGAAAUCUCAUUAUUGUAGUUAAGUGAAAAUAGAAAGUUAAAAAAAUCAUUUAAAAAGUGUGAUUUAUAUAAAGAAAUUUGCUACAAUAUGGGCAAUACUGAUUCAAAGUUAAACUUUCGCAAAGCCAUUGUCCAAUUGACGCAAAAACAUCAAAAGAUCGAUGCUGAUGACCCAUUUUGGGAUCAAUUUUGGUCGGGUCAUCAAACAUCGCUGGAGGAUGUAUUCGCCUUGGUUACGGCAGCCGAGAUACGUAAUAUACGCAAUGAAAAUCCUGCCAAUUUGGCCACCUUAUGUUAUAAGGCUGUGGAGAAACUUGCGGAGGCGGUAGAUAGUAGUUGUCGUACCCAAGCCGAACAGCAAUGUGUUUUAAAUUGUGUACGUUUGCUGAUACGCAUAUUGCCCUAUAUAUUUGAAGAUGAUAAAUGGCGUCAUUUUUUCUGGAGCAGUUUGCCUGCUAGCCAAGACAAGCCACAACAAAAGCCCACGGUGGGUGGUGGGGAGGUGGAUGAUGCUGAACGUGAAUAUUUGGCAGCACAAAAUCAUACUGUGCCCUUGGCUCAAUCUUUGUUAAAUGCUGUUUGUGAUUUGUUAUUUUGUCCAGACUUUACGGUGACUGCCACCCGCCGUCCUGGCCCCGAUAAGGCGGAGGAAUUGGCCAAUAUUGAUAGCUGUGAAUAUAUAUGGGAGGCGGGUGUAGGUUUUGCCCACUCACCACCCAAAAAUGCUCAUAUGGAGCGUAGGCGCACGGAAUUGUUAAAAUUACUUCUCACCUGUUUCUCGGAGCCCAUGUAUCGUACACCGCAGCCCACAGAGGAACCCAAUAAAUGGAUAGCUUAUUUUACUUCGGCCGAUAAUCGCCAUGCCUUGCCCUUGUUUACUUCUUUUUUGAAUUCCGUAUGCAGCUAUGAUCCCGUAGGUUUUGGUGUGCCCUACAAUCAUCUACUCUUUACUGACACCACGGAACCUUUAGUGGAGGCUUGUUUGCAAAUUUUAAUAGUUACUUUAGAUCAUGACAUGAUUAUGCAGCAACAGCAAUUGCAGCAGCAUCAAUUGGAACUGCAAAGACAUGUUAAAGGAGGCAGUUCCGCCGCUUUAGCUCCCACUGCUUACGAUGAUGUUUGUGGUGAUAAUCUUUUUAUCAAUUAUCUCUCUAGAGUUCAUCGCGAUGAGGAUUUUCAUUUUAUUUUAAAGGGCAUUACACGUUUGCUUAAUAAUCCUUUGGUGCAAAACUAUUUACCCAAUUCCACCAAACGUUUGCAUUGUCAUCAGGAACUUUUGAUAUUGUUUUGGAAAAUUUGCGAUUACAAUAAGAAAUUCUUGUAUUUUGUUUUGAAAAGUUCAGAUGUUUUGGAUAUAUUGAUACCAAUUCUUUAUCAUUUAAAUUAUUCAAGAGCAGAUCAGUCAAAAGUGGGUCUCAUGCAUAUAGGAGUGUUUAUUCUUUUGUUAUUAUCCGGGGAACGUAAUUUUGGUGUGCGUCUGAAUAAACCCUAUACCGCCACCGUGCCCAUGGAUAUACCCGUUUUUACCGGUACUCAUGCUGAUCUUUUGAUUACUGUAUUCCACAAAAUCAUCGCCACCGGACAUCAAAGACUACAGCCUUUAUUUGACUGUUUGCUUACCAUUCUGGUUAAUGUUUCUCCUUAUUUGAAGACUUUAUCCAUGGUGGCCAGUGUUAAACUAUUGCAUUUACUAGAGGCCUUUAGUACUCCCUGGUUUCUGCUAUCCGCCCCCAGUAAUCAUCAUUUGGUAUUCUUUUUAUUGGAAAUCUUUAAUAACAUCAUACAAUACCAAUUUGAUGGCAAUUCCAACUUGGUUUAUACGAUUAUACGUAAGCGGCAUGUUUUCCAUGCUAUGGCCAAUUUACCCUCCGACAUGGCGGGGAUAUCUAAGUGUUUAAGUGGACGUAAAGUGGGUAAAUUUAAUUUACCUCCAGUUAGGCAAAAGAGGUUAACAACAGUGGUGCAAAAUUUCAAUUCUCCUUUGCCGCAUAGUGUCGAAGAUGAGGAGGAGGAUGAAGAUGAUAUUGACGAAGAAGAUGAGGAGGAAAUAAAGAAAGUAUGUGCUAAAAGGACUAACAAUGAAGAGCCUAAUUUAAGCUUAGUCGAGGAAUCGGAGACAGAGUCACAUACUCAACAAGGAGAACAGCAAAUGGAGGGUGCUUUUCCCGCUUUGCCCGCAGAACCGGGUACUUUAAAAGCCUCACUACCCGAUACACCGGGUAUUAAUCAAAUGACUGAGCGUGAGCAGGCUCAUCCAGGUUCGGUAGAUCAAACACCCACCAUAGAUGGCACCUCUGACAUUGUACGUUUUGAUAAAAUUAACGAAAGAUCUCCUUCAGAAUCUAGAACUGUCAGUCCCAAUGGUCAUGUGGAGAACGCCGACGAAAAAUCACCCUUUAGUCGCCUUUCAGUGGCUCAUCGUGGCAGCAUACGUAUGGUACAUCAACCUUCGACAGAAGUAUGGACUCCUACUCCUGAAUGGAUUGUAUCUUGGCGCUCGAAAUUACCCUUACAAACCAUUAUGCGUUUGCUGCAGGUCCUCGUACCGCAAGUAGAGAAAAUCUGCAUCGAUAAGGGUCUCACCGAUGAAUCGGAAAUUUUGAAAUUUUUACAACAUGGCACUCUAGUGGGUCUACUGCCCGUACCUCAUCCAAUACUCAUACGCAAGUAUCAGGCAAAUGCUGGCACCACCGCCUGGUUCCGUACCUAUAUAUGGGGUGUGAUAUAUUUGCGUAACGUGGAGCCCGCCAUAUGGUAUGAUACAGAAGUGAAAUUAUUUGAAAUCCAAAGAGUCUAAAUGUUGAAUAACAAGAAUAGUUUAGGAGGUAAGCGAUAUCUAUAUAUAAACGACGAUAAACUACACAUAAACAAAAAGAAUAGCAUUAAACUAGAUUUCUUCUGCUGGGAAAUUAAAGAAAUAAAUCGUUCGGUUCUAUUUCAAUUUUAGUUCAGUUCUAGAUUAGUUCUGGUUCAGUUCUUGUUCGGUUCUAGUUCAGUUCUAGUUUUGUUCUA